AUGAAAUUAGCUGAAGCAUUAAAUUUAAAAAAGAACUUGGAAAGAGAUGCUGGUGAACUUAAAUCAUUAAUUCUUAAAUGUUGUCAAGCUCAAACUGGCGAAAACCCUCCAUUUGAUCCUAAUGAAUUAUUUGAACAAUAUGAAGAAAUUGAUAAAUUAAUUACUGAUAUAACUAUUAAAAUACAACGAACCAAUAAUGAAAUAAAGUUUGCCUAUGAUGAUAAUAAGUCUAAUGAAGAACCACUUCGAUCAAUGACACAAGCUAUUGCUGAUAUUGAUGAUUUAGAAAGACAAAUCAAUGUGACAGAUGAUAUAAUUCAUAAUGGUAUUAUUACAAAACUGUAUUCGACCAAGAAGAUUGCUGAUGUGUCACAUGUUGACGUGGUUGCAUAUGACAAGACAAGAAAGAAAAUGAAUGAGAGAUUAGAUAAAUUAAAACUUCGUAUACAGUCGGCAAAUUGGGAAUUUGAUCUAAUUGAUUAA